AUGGCGACACUGCUGAUUGCCAAGGAGUAUGGCUAUGUUGUUCUUACCACUGUUUCGUCUGGGUUUUUAAUGACCUACCUGGCGAUGAACGUGGGGAAAGCAAGGAAGAAAUAUCGUGUUUUCGUACGUAGACUAGUUUAUUGUUUUACUUCGUUGGAUAACUUUGGGGAGCAUACUAUUUCACGUUGGUUGCUGGUACUACAGCUUCUAUUUGUCUGUCAUAAUCGAACCCUCGUGUCUUUGGCCGGCCCAUGUGGUUACCUGUUAAAUACAUAUUCAUUCCCCCCUCGCUUGCAAGUCGCAAUUGCAUCUAACCUACCACGUACAAAAUACUAGUGAAAGGUCUCAACAACUCAGUAGAUAAGUUUAUUCCCAGAAAUUAAGCUAAAUCCAUGCUGAAAGAAAAAACUUAUAAUUUCUAGAAUCUGUUUCGUCAUUGUCAAGCAGAGCUUAAUCCAGAGUUUGUUACAACUACGUAAAGCGAAGGUGCUCUGGUGUGUGUAAUAAUAAUUUAUUUAUAUAUUUUGUCUCAGCUAUGGAAUUUUCCUUACCAAAUUUGGUAAUGAGCAUUGUUUUCUUUGUUAGACUUGAAUGGACCCACGCGGGAGAUGUUUCUUUUAACACUUUGUCCGAAUGUAGUUUUUUCAUGAUAUCUAAACGUUCAUCGCCCUUUCCUAGGACUGUGUUACCUUGCAGGCAAUGUUGCAAUGUUUUUUUCUUGCUGCUGUCGUUUAUGUUUUGCUUGAUGCACUAAGAGUUUCAUUGGGCAUAGUAUCUGGAACAUAUUUUUGCUAUUUGUCACCUCUAGGAAUUUCUUCACCUAAAAUGAAUAUUACAUCAUUUGUGCCAAAACUAAGUGCAGUAGCAUAGCUCCACUAUCCAAACAGAGCCCCACAGUUUCUUUUGAACUAUCAAGUGUAAUUUCAGUGAAAGUUUGAAAAUUUGAAGUCUCAAAGGCCAGAAUUUUUAAAGGAAAGUAUUAACAGCAAGUGGAAUUUCCAGAGGCUAGAGGGUUUCAAACAAGUAAACCCUCCGUGGGGGGAGUAUGGAUAUUUUCAGUAACAACACAUUUUUUAACAGAGAGUAGUAUCGUUCAAGUCAAAAAGUAACUUAUAUAAAUUAAUGUUACAAAAUAUAUUAUUUAAUUAUUAUGCAAAAUUUGUUAAAAGAAAUAUACCAAAGGAAAUUCUAAACUUCCACCUGGAGUUCCUUGAGUUUUCCUGAGAGAAAUAUUCUUUUUUUUUUUCUGAUUCAAGGAAAAAAAUCAGUUUUCAUUUUUUUAAGAAACAGUAUUAAUAAAACUAUGACAUUUAAUAUUAGGCAAGUCUGUAAGAGUGUAAUUCAAAUAUUAGGUACAAAGAUCAUAUUCUAUUGAUGAGUCCAAUCUAAUUUUGUGAAAGGUGUUUUCCCUGGGCCUGGGAAUUGUGGUUUGCAAAGUUGCAGUUGAUUUUUUUGUUGGCUGUCACAGUUAGAGUUUAUGGGGACUUCUGAAUCUCUACCAAAGUCACAGUGUAGAUCUAAGUUUUAGUUUGUUGGACAACUCCGAUCAAAUUGAUAGAGGUGUUGCGUCAGGCAUUUUUCGAAGGAAUGAGAGUUGAGAUACAAAAUGUUUGGUGUAGUUGUACUUUUAUUACAAUAACAUUGUAUUUUUGAUGUAGUAUUAAAAUUAAUACUAUACAAAAUACAUUUUCAUGCAAUGUUGUACCCUGAAUUUUAUUGAUUUGCUGCGCUGGCAUUCCAAUUAUCUGGUGACUCUUAAACAUGUAUGACUCAGUUCUAGAAAAACAGACUAUUCUUGUUUCUUUACAAGAAACCUAUAGAUUUUUUUAAAUCAAAGUGCAAUAUUAUGGUAUUUACAUGCAUGUUCAUGACGUGACCUUUCAAAUAUCACCUCACUGAGAAUGUGCUGAUUUAUAACAAAUUUCUUACUUUUUAUUGUUAGUCCGGAAUAUCCCUAAAUUUAAGGACAGGGCCAACUGGUCACCCGACACUUUUCAUCCAAUGAGAAGGUGCGCUUGUGUUUAUCAGAACAUCGACCCAGUGAUAAAAAGUUUUUUUGACAAAUGGCGGACGGAGGCAGACAGAUUUUAACAUAAGCUUACAGUACUCGUCUAGGUUUCACAUUAUUUCAAAGAAAACAUUUGAUGUAAGAGAAUAAGAGAAUAAUUAUUCAUUGCAAGGAAUCGUUGGGGUCUUCGAAUAUUCCAGACCGAUAGUAGAGGUCAUGGCUUCACUGGCAUGGCUUACAAGAUUUUUGAUAGAAGCAAACUGGUCCCGUGUAAAAAUAGCCGUAGAGCCAGUGUAUGAGAUUGUAAAAAACAGGAAUGGUACCACCUAUUAACUUCUACAGGACAAGAAUCAAAGAACCAGUCAUCAUAACAAGAACAAAAAGUAGACCAAAUUUUAUUAAUUUUUCUUGUUUGUUUUUUUUUUGUGUAUGUUCUUUCGUGUUGACUUCAUGCAUCUCAUGCUUUCUUUACUUGCUGUCAGCUGUUGCUGUAGUACCUGCAAGGGUUUAAUUUCAACCCAGAUUAUCAGUGUUCAAUGAGUAGCAAAAUACAUCAUUCACAGUUGAAAUUUGCCUUCUUUCUUUGAUUUUUUUUAACUGUGGAUAAACAUAUGGAGAAUCCAACAGUAACACUUAAAUUUCUUUCCACAUUUGGUGAAUUUGAGAAACAAGGCGGUUAGUAUCUACCUUGUUCUUAUGAUCUUUAAUUUUCGGCAAAGUGAGGGGAGAGGUUGGACGUGAAUAUCUAUUUUAAGACUUAUAAGCUUACCUUGAAAAGAAAAAAGGCAAAGCCUCGUGUUAAUGCAAAAAAAAGUAACAACACGGCUCUUAGUCAAUCUGCCUUGUCUGAGUGAAACCCGGGAGAGGAAGAGAUGUUUUAAACCUUGGAAUUCAAAAAUUGUCUACCAAAAUUCUAGGCUGGCUACCAUCCCCACAUUCAACAUGAUAAAAGUUUAUCGAUAUGACACUGGGGAAAAAUAUCUAGAACUUCAUCAGAAAUCAGUGAAUCCAAAAAAUUAUAGAUACUUCUUCACCUACCUUGAAAACCGACCAAAAUCUCGCCUACCUUGUGAUGUUUAAAGGAAGAAAUAAGCCACAAAAUGUGCUGAAUAUUUCACGAGGCACUUCCAAUGUGGCUUCUGACAUGCUGCCCACUUAAAAAAAUUGUGUGUCUCAUGAAAAGUCUUCGAAAUAUGCCGAAAAGCCUUGAAUCGGUGACUCUGGUCGUUUAGGUAAUCGAUCCGCCGUUUUCCUCAAGAACAACAGCUCCAUUACGUCACAACUGUCCUUAAAUUUGGGGAUAUUCUAGACUGAUUAUUGUUUGAAUUGGUUUAACUUUUUCCGUGUAUAUUAUUGCAUAUACAAUUUUCUGUUUACCAAGAGACUUACUCGUACGUCUUGUUUUGCAUGUUGUUUGAGUCCUUUCAGCAAUAAUGGGCUCAUUGGGUGAUAUGGUGUUUUCUAGGAUCAAAGACUUUGUUUUUUAUUUGAUGGUUAGUUUUGACCGGUCAAAGCUUUCUUGUUUAUUAUUAGGGUGAACCUUUUACAAGGCUGUGCUCUAACGGCGCCCGGUCGCCUGAGGCGACUAACAUUUAGCUUCGGGCGACUGAAAAAAAAGUUCCCUGUCACCUGGCCAGGCACUCUUGCUUCUGGUGCAGUGUUCAGUUAAGUGGGCAGAAAAAUUUAACAUACUAGUGUUGGCUUGUUGAGUCAGAGUUUACUAAACCUUGUACAGAAAAUGUUUUUACGAAUGUUGUAGGAAGGAAACGGGCGCGCGUCGAUGUUCAAAGGACGUUCUGCAUGAUUUCACGUGUAACAUAAUCCAUCACUUUGAAUGUGACAAGCGGUAUGGGUUUCGAUUUGUACCGGUUCUUAAAGUAGUUUAAAAUUUUUUCUUUCAGAUAGAGUGGUUCAUUAGGUACAGUUUUUAGGAGAAACUGUCAACACUUUUCUGACAGACAUAGAGCGCGGCUGGCAAAGCAGAGUAAUUUAUUUUUGUAUGAAACGGAAGUUGCUGUAUUUACCAGUAUGCAAAUGUCAUGUUUUUAUGGUUUAUGGCUGCUGUGUCUGCUUGGCUAAAACGUAACUUAUGAUUGUUUUCUUCUCUUUACAUAAGAUAAUGAAAUAUAAGAAGAAAAGAUGUGAUUGUUGUGAUCGUUUUUAUUGUUGUUUUAGAAACAGGGCAGUUCCACAUUUUCUUGCCAUUUUCCAUAUCAAAAACUAAAUUCACAUGCAUGCAUAUAUAGGCUAAAUUUAGCGGCUAAAAAAUAAAAACACGGAAAGAAGAACUGGUUUACGCUUCGACAGUAUUCAUGAAAAUCUCAGUUAUCCUAAAAGAUUCACUGAUAAUACAGGAAAGAAAAUUAAAGAUGACUUAUUUUUUAUUAAAACAAUAGGUUUGGGACCACGGCGGUUUCACUGUUUCACGGAAUUUUUCACGGGAACUUGAGUGCGAUCUCCCUCUUGUGCCGAUACACACAAGGGAUUUUGCUCCGGGAGCAAAGCUCCUCCAUGUGUACCAAUGAUUUCAUGGGUAUACAGUGUACUUCAUCCUCCGGAGCAGAAUUCCCACCCCGCAAAAUGCUCCACGAUAUUUAACCGGUUAAAUAUUUGGGAGCAAGCUCCCAGGGCAAAUUGAGCAUUAUAUUUCAUGCUGCAUUGAUUCACCCUUUGAAAAUUUAUUUUCAAGUUUAGUAUUACUAGUAAAAAGCACAGUUUUCCUAUGUUUGACCCAAAGACCUUAAUGAACUUUACAUAAACCUGCUGAAAUUUUUAACUUUUCCCUCUUUAAAACCUAAACAAUUCGGUGGCAUUGCUCGCGUUUCUUGUUUUAACUCUGAAUGGCUCAAAAACUUUCAUGGGUUUCACAAGACAACAUGCGGGUUUUUGUGGAACCCAAAAGCUAAAAUUACCGAGUUUGGUGAUCAGCAGGCUGGUAAGAUUCGCGUGCGUACAAAAUACUUCCUCAUCAGAUGUACUCAGGCGACCAACUUGAGAGGCCUGGGCACCCCAGCUGGAAUGGUUCGGGCUCCCCAAAAUUUUUAUUCAGGCGACCAACUUUGAGGUCUGGGCGCUUUAACUAAAAUGCUUGAGAGCCUGAAGGGCUCCCUGAAAUUUCCUUAGAGCACAGCCUUGUUUUAACUGUCUUCAAUAGAUAAAUUAUUAAUUUUGUUUUAUUUUUGUCUUUUCAGAAGGACUGUUUUAUAUUUUUCAUGGGUACAUGUAUAUGUAGUCUUUGUAUAAAAUUUCCAUCCUUACAUUAUUCUAUUACAGUCAUUCAACACUGUAUUUCCCCUGAGGCAGAAUUUCAAACCCUCUCCUAACUUUUCAGUUUGCUAAGUUGUACCCUGUACAUCUAUAAAGUUCCUUACAGGUGUUCUGUUUCAGUUAGUCAAUUGUACAAUAUGCAUACUGAAUAUUGACAGUAAUGAUGGAAAUCUAAAAUUAAGCUUUACUUUUGACAACUUCUUUUCCCAUAUAUUAUUUAAGCAUACAUUCAGCUAUAAUACCAGGCUAGCUUCAAAGUCUACUUAUUAUAUUGAUAAGGUUAGAGCUAAUAUUAUGGCAAAUUUAAUAUACACUUCUCUGGUCCUUCUGUUUAGAAUAAUCUGAAUGAAAACCUUUGCAUUUUUUAAGGCAAAUGAUGAAGGAAAAUUUUUUAUACUCUAAGAUUUGAUGCUGGCUAGCAUUGUUGGUUUACGCUAAGCUGAAAAUGCAAUAACAAGAGUUGUGUUUUUACACGUACACAUGUAGCAAAAGUGAAAGCAGCUUUUGACAUGGAGCGUCAGAUAGCAAAAGAGAGAAACAAACUCUCCUCACUCCUCCUUCUCCAAACCAUAACUAUCUACCUUUUUAUUAAAAGAUAACUCCAUGUGAGGCUACUUUAUCUCUUUAUCUGUAUUUGUACACUUUUUGUAACACUAUGGGAAUUUGCAAAACUGGUGUUACUGAUAGAAAUGUGUGGGGGUGUAGGGUGGGUGUGUAGAUGUCUGUAUGAAUUCUUGCUAAGUAGGCACUUUUGUUCACUGUUAAUCUGUGUAGUUGCCUUGUCUGUAAUUUCUUAUGGUGGCCCACAACUGUCACGGCAAAACCAAAAACCUCAUGGCAAAAACAAAAACAUCACAGCAAAACCAAAAACCUCACGACAAAAACAUCACGGCAAAACCAAAAUACCUCACGGCAAAAACAAAAUACCUCGUGGCAAAACCAAAUACUUCACUGCAAGAACAAAAUAGCUUUGGUUUUGCCAUGGGUAUUUGCUUUUGCCGUGAGGUAUUUGGUUUUUGCUGUGAAGUAUUUGGUUUAGCCAUGAGGUCUUUGGUUUUGCCGUGAGGUUUUCGGUUUUGUGGUCAGGUUUUUGGUUUUGCCAUGACAGUUGUGGGCCCCCGUAAUUUCUGCAUAAUAAAAAUGCAAUAAGCAAUAUAACCUUGUACAUGCACAGUGUACAGUAGUUAUCUGGUACGAUUUUCUUUUGUUCUAUUUUCUGUUUUCUGUCUUUCUUUCUUUAUUAUUCUUCCAAAAGUAAUUUAUUUUCCUUUUUUAAUCUCUUUGUCUUUCAUGUGACAAAACCCUAGAGAAAGCAAUUUGAUUAUUGCAACUUCUCUGCUCAUUUAGCUGUUGCUAUUCUGAGUAGUUUUUUGCAUGAUCUAGUUAAUUUAUUCUGUUCCUGUAAACUCUCUUAACUUGGCAAAUGAAAUGGUUGUUGAUGUUAAAAUCAAAAUUAUUUUUAUGAAUAAUUAUAUUUCAUUAAUUUUUGUUGCUAAAAGUGUAAUGAAUAGGAACUGUAAUCACACUUGCUAUUGCCUGAUUAUUUACAUUAUACUGUCUUUUACAGUACCCAAAGAUGUAUGAUGACAAGGAGCCAAUUUUUAACUGCAUUCAAAGGGCACACCUUAACACGUAAGUUGGACUUCACAGUUAAGACAUCAAAGAAAAAGAAAAGAAAAGAGUUUAGUUUAUUUUGCCAUGAUUUAUCAUUUGAGGGCUUUACAAUAUCUUAUCUUCCUCUUAAAUUUCUGCAUACUUUUCUCAAGGGGAUUUUAUAAAAGACAAUAAAAUAUGCAUUUCUCUGUCAGCUCUCUCUACUGAGUGAUAGAGGCCGAGGUCUGAUAUUUCCCUGUAUUAAUGACCAAAUGGACAAGGUUAAAAAGAUAUUUAUUAUAUGGUCAAAUCAUUGUAGACCUGAGCCUGCAAUCAACUUAAACCAACAACUGGUCAGCGGAUAACUUUAAAAUAACACGUCACCUUAAUGAGUUGUACACAAGAGCCGGUGAUAGAGUCAGGUGACACUGGUCAACUGAUACCCUUUUUGACAGCUGUCAAUUUAUUGACCAUAACAAGGAUGUUUCUAAGGAUAUCCACUAUCAAGUUAAACACAGAUUGUAUAUGCCUUGGGCAUCUAGCUAGCAAUGCCCAGUUAUUACAAGAAAACAGCCAAUCAGAGCUGGCAUACUUUUGUAGUGAUAUAAUAAAUACAGUUGAAGAAUGUAUAUGUACUGUACAUGUAUUAUGUGGCUUAUGACUGGUCUAACAAUGGUAAUUUUGUGUUCUUUUUUACUUUAGGGUUGAAAUCUAUCCCCAGUUCUUGUUUCUUCUGCUCCUUGGAGGCCUGGAACAUCCAGUGAGUCAAGAUAAAGCUAUUCCUUACUGCACUCCCUAAUGUACAUUUCUGUUAUUUGACAGAGUUCGCAAAUACGCCAAAUUUGGCAUAUUUUACGCCAAAAUUGUUCAGAUGACUCCACUGACCAUUGGCUGAAAAAUGAAGCACCGCCAAUUAAUUUUGAUUGAUGACAUUUCUUUUUUGGCUUGUCAUAAAGUUACAAACAUGAUGCUUCUGAUGAAAAGUGAAUGCAUUGGCUAUGAAGCAACACGUCCCUGUUAGUCAAGGAUAGGAACAUCGUAGAUCCGGCUCAGUUAGGAGGCAAUGAUCCAGACCAAUAAAAAAAUUAUCUAUUUUUAGUAGUCUAGUGCGAAUUGUAAUAUUUUGCUCUUUUUGGAACACUAGCCUAACUGGCGCAUUUCGCCCGAUCAGGGUAAGAAUUGAAAAGCCACCAAGCAAACAUACCAUUAUAUUUAGAGUUACAUGUACAUUUAUAACACAUUAAAUUGUUAUUGUGCAUCACAAUAAAUGGAGAAUGUAUUUCAAAAACAUGUCUAAAACACUUAUGCGACUGGAACAACUGGAACGGAACCGAAUGAAAGUAAAAAAGCUACAAGCCUUAAUGUUAGCUACAUGUGUAGCUGUUUGCUCUGUCACUCCAAAACAUUAUGCCAAAACUGUUCAGAUGACUCCACUUUUUUAUCGGCCCGGCAAAAUGGCCAUACAUUUCCUUAUAAAAAACUCCCAUUAAUGCGGUCACCCAUUAAUACAGCCACUUGUUCAAAAUUUAGAAAAUUAAAAUACGUGUGAUAUGUCAGUUUUAUUGACCUGUAGUAUUCUGAGCCUGUUCUUGUACUGUUUUUAGACUACAGUACACAUAAAGUGCACUUUCUGUGAUUUUAUAGCUGUAUUUUUAAAGUGUUUUAAUAAAUAAAUAAAUAAUAAUAUGUAGUGAAAGAAAAUUUUAAGUAGUUUUUUUCAAUUUUUGUAUGCAGUAUCUACAUUUCGGUUGUUUAUUAAUGAAUGUUCAAGAAAUGCAAAUGCAAUAAUUAUACGGUGUAUUUGUCAUACCAGCCCUCAAGUCAUGAAAUUUUAGCCUGCCCCAAUAAUACGGCCACCCCGUUAAUAGGCCAAAUUUUUUUGACCCAUUGGUGACCAUAUUAAUGGGGUUCCACCGUAUACCUUUAUAUACACUGUAGGAUAGAGUAAUGAUUUUCUUUGGUUAUUUCAGGUUGUAUGCUCUGUAGCUGGUUUAGUUUGGAUCAUAUCCAGGCUGUUCUAUGCUCAUGGAUAUUACACAGGGGGUAUGUAUUUACUCCACUGGAGUCAUUUAAAUCGAGCAUGUAUAGUCAGUCAUCCAUGCCUAAUCUGCUCUGAGUGGUGAUUCAUUAGAGUCAAAACCCAGUUAUUCUUGAGUUGCACACAUUGCAGGCAUAAAUGAAAUAAAAAAUAAAUAAGUUGCUAAUUAUCUUCACCUCCUAUGGGGCUUUUCAGGGAUCAUGAACCAAUAAUUCGGGGUGCAAGGGAUGGCGCAGGGAGCAAGGGAUGGUGCAGUGGUGAGAGCGCUUGCUUCCCACCAAUGUGGCCCGGGUCCAAAUUCCAAUUCGACCAGGAAUAAGGUAGACAAAGAACCACUUUGUGGAUGUGCUACCUCCAAAUCAUUAUUUUUAUUUGUAUAGGUGAUAGCAUGAUUUGUAGUAAUAUUUGGCAUAAAUACCACGAGUGAUAUUUCAAAAUUGUUAGGCGAGUGAAAUUUGAGACAAUUUUGAAAUAUCACGAGUGCCAUUUAUGCCUAUUAAUACGACCUACAAAUCAUGGUAUUAAUUGUUUAUACUACUACCUGUAGAAGGUUUGUAAUUUUCGCAUGUAGGUAUUACAAAUUAAGCUGAAAUACCACUGCUCUAAGCCAAUCAAAUUACAGAAAUUUCUCAUGAAGUAGUAUAAAUUUAUUUAUUCAAUUCAAAUGGAACAUAAUAUGGUUAAGAAUCCCAACUGGUAGGAGGUGAACCAGUUGGCUAUUUAUAGCGUUACUGAGGACCUUUGGAUUACAAGUCCAGUUCUCUAACUGCUCAGCCACGCUGCGUCUUCUUUGUAAAUGGUUGAUAAAGUUAGCAGGACAAACAGUUAUUUAAAGUCUAUCCCCUUAGAUUGGAAAAGCAGAAAUUAAGCUCCAAACUUUCAACCAAUCUGGUGCUUAGUAGCUUGAGAAAACAGCCGGCAUUUUGUGAUGCUACCACUGGUUUCCCUGUGUAAUGAUGCCUGAGAAGCAAAGAUAACCCUUUUUGUCCCAGGAGUAUCCAAAAUUGAUUUUCUCUUCCCAGUUACAAUUCAUGACCAAGAGAAAAGGCCUUAAGAAUUAACGAAAUCAUCACCUUAGGGAAACUGCUCUGAUCUUAACAGAAAGACACUUUACUAUUAGACUCUUUAAGGAAAUAUAUGGAGAUCAAUCCAGAAAAUUUGUCUGUGGAAAUAGUCGAGUUUCGAGUUCGCUCUGACUGCUUAAUAAAAGAAGUGAAGACGCAUUUUUUUACAGGCUUAGCCGCCGUCUGAAGUAAAUUUAUUCACAAAUUCCGGCAAGAAGAAGACCUGCUUAUUACUCUGUCUAUUGUGUAUUUUCAAAUUUCAAACACUUACAGUGUACUUGCCGGAAUUUGUGAAUAUUGUAUAGUACUCUAUGUCGAGGCUAACCCUGACGCCCUUUUUUUGUUGAUGUUUGUAUUCAGCGGUAAUUUUUAACUCAAGACUAGACUCAUUGGCUUAAGGGUUAAAUUUUAGUUAUUUUUAUUUUUUGUUUUUUCAGAUCCUCAAAAACGUAUGCGAGGUAGUUUUGGUUACCUAGGACUUAUCACCCUGCUGGGAUGUACGGUGAAGUUUGGACUACGUUUACUGGGUGCUAUUAGCACCUAA